CAAUCGUGAACUACCACAUCAGAGUUAUAUGAAAAAGUUGUAAUUAACUUUUUUCAAGUGUGGUGGAGUGUGUCUCGGAAUUGGAUUGCAUCAUGCAGUUGCUGAUGGACCUUCCGGAAUCCAUUUCAUCAACACAUGGGCUGGUGUGGCACGUGGUUUACCCAUUAGCAUCGCACCGUUCAUUGAUCCAACAAUACUUCAUGAAAUGACCCCACCUAAUCCUACGUUUGACCACACCGAAUAUCAUUCAUCUCCUUCUAUGAAAUCUCAAGAAAUACAAACAAGUGCAGUAGUCCGUUCUACUUCCGUUGCUAGCCUCAAAAUAUCAAGCGAUCAAAUCAAUACCCUUAAAGCAAGAUUAAAGAAAGAUUAUGGUGCUAAGUGCAGUACUUAUGAGAUCCUAGCUGCCCAUAUUUGGCGUUGUUUGUGCAAGACAUGUGGAUUAUCCGAUGAUCAACCGACUCGAUUACACAUACCGACAGAUGGACGAUCAAGAUUGAAUCCUCCACUCCCAUCAGGUUACCUUGGUAAUGUAAUAUUUAUAACUUCUCUAAUUUGCCUUUCAGGUGAAAUCCAAUCAGAACGAUUGAUUUCAACUAUAGAAAAAAUUCAUAAAGAAUUGAAGAGGAGGGAUGAUGAAUACUUGAAAUCAGCUCUUGCUUAUUUGGAACAAAACCAUAAUGAGAUGACCCACAACCUAUACCAAAGGGCUCACUCUUUCAAAUCUCCAAACCUAAAGAUCACUAGUUGGAGUCAUAUGCCCAUUUAUGAGGCUGAUUUUGGAUGGGGCCGCCCAAUAUUUGUAGGCCGGGCUAGUCUCCCCAUUGAAGGGGCAACUUAUAUUUUACCAGGCCCAUAUAGUGAUAAGAGUUUGUCAUUGGUCCUAUGUUUAGAGACCCACCACAUGGAGCUCUUUAAGAAGUUGUUUUAUGAUUUUGACAUUGAAGGAUGGACAAGAAAUGAAGAUUCUUAUCUUCAUCUUUGUUCUUAA